AUGUUGAGAUACGGUGUCGCCGUUGUGUUUCUUGCGUUAGUCGCUGCUGACACUUUUUGCAACUACGCGAUCACUGGAGAUGAGAUUCUUGUUGAAGCGGUGCCCAUCGGAACCUAUGAGACCUCGGGAAAGGAUACUCCUAGAGCUUCUUGGUGCAUUGCUGGCUGUGACACGAAAGUCUCCGUCAAGGGAACUCUUCUUCUUCUCGAAGCUGGACCUGGACCGAAAACUUCCUACAAGAUGCAUCGUCACGUAAACAUGAAAGAUCGUACGAUCUACCGCGAGAUCUACAAUCAAAAAACUGGAGAACUCGUGAGAACCUCGGAUGGAGACGGUGACAAUACCUUCUGCAUCGAUGACACAGUGGCGGCACAAGUUGACGCCGUUUUCGACAAGUAUAACACCGUUGACAACAUCGUUAAGGGAUUAAAUGCAACCAUUAACAAACCUGGAUGGGCCUACCUUGUCAUUGAGCACGUCGACGACUCCGUUGGAGAGGGAGCCAACUUGAAAUUCGAUACCAACUUCUGCUACAAGAAUACUUUCAAGCAAAUCAACAAUCAAUAUUAUUUCUUUGAUGUGGUCGCCAUGGCUGUUGACGAUCGAAACAGUCUC